AUGAACUGUUUUCACGCCUCUAAAGGCAAGCCAGAGGGAGAGGUGACUACUGAGCAGGAGCAAGCUUUCCAGGCUACAGACACCCUCUUUAGAGGUGCUGUCUUCAGUGUUCUUGGCGACAAGAUUGUCGAUCCAUUCAUGACCAUCAUGGUCGGUAAAGAUAUGUGGGAUGCACUCGAAGCCAAGUUUGGAGUCGCGGACGCAGGAAGUGAGUUACUUGAGCAUCCCAAUUGUGUGUUACCGGACAAAUUCAUUGCCGGAGGCAUCAUUGCCAAGCUUCCUCCUUCAUGGAGGAAUUUUGCUACCUCUCUGAAGCAUAAGAGGCAAGAGUUUACUGUUGUCAAUCUAAUUGGCACUCUUGAUGUAGAAGAGAAGGCGAGGGCAAAAGACACACGUGCUCGUUUCCAUGAGGGGAAUUCCAGUGCCAAUUUGGUACAAAAGAGAAAUUUCCAAACCCACAAACCCAAGAACAAAAACUAUGCGGGCAAAGGAAAAUUUGAUGGCAAGUACAAAGCCCCACAACCUGUCAACUUCAAGAAGAAGAAGGAUACUUAUAAGAAGAAAGGAAAGUGCCAUGUAUGUGGCAGUGAAGAACAUUGGGCUUCAUCCUGCAAGGACCGCUGGGACAUGCGUCAGAAUGAGAACAAUAGCAAGACCGCUAAUGUUGUUAUUGGCGAUGUUGACAUGAAAGAUGUCGGGUCGCAAGAACUACACCCGUGCUGAUGGGAAACGGGACACAUGCUUCUGUUCAUGGUGUUGGUA